AUGUCAACUACUGGUAUCACCCUAUCAAGAUCCAACUGGAACCAAAUCGCCUACCAAAUCGAGGCAAUUGAGAAUCAACGCCCUCAACAUUCCAUGAACAAUGAAGAUGUUACACUUAGAGAAACGGAGGGCGCUAUGGAUGACAAGGUACGCAAAUUCACCGGCUUUCACCGGUUUCUAAUAUGCGCUGCUUGUUACUUGUCGGCUCUAUGUAUGGACUCGACGCUACUAUGGCAGCAGACUUUCAAGAAGGAGUUAUCUAGACCUUCCACAAUUACCAACAAUUCGCCUGGACUGGCGCUGGUUUCCCUCUCGGAUCGGCAGUAAUCAUUCCUUCCUACGUUUUUUUUUCUCUUCACACGCUUCAACACGAAAUGGUUCUAUAUCUCAGGGAUUGCGCUGUUUCGGUGAUUUCCGG